AUGUCUAAUCUCAACGAACGCAAUGUGUACUUUGGUCCGGAUUCUCUGAAGAAAUACUUCGAUCCCGACUCACAGCCCCCUCUACCAUUGGUUGAGCUGCCGGAGCAUCUGAACCCUUACCGUCAAGAUGGUGUACGCAUCUAUGCGAAGAUGAUGACCAUGCAUCCGGCCAAUAACGUCAAAGCAAUGCCCGCUAUGAAUAUGCUCGAAUCGAGUGUGGUGCCGGGAAAAACAGAUACCAUCAUCGAGUACAGCUCUGGUUCUACAGUGAUUUCGAUGUCAAUGAUCGCUCGGGUCAUGCAUGGCAUUAACGACACCCGCGCCUUCCUCAGUAACAAGACCAGCGAGGCCAAGCUGAGAUUGAUGCAGUUCUUCGGCCUCAACAUCACUCUGUUUGGGGGCCCCUCGCAACCCGAGCCCUUCGACGAACGAGGUGGCAUCCAGAGUGCCCGAAACAGGUCUCUACAGUCCGAACAGAUCCUCAACCCCAAUCAGUACGAGAAUGACGAAAACUGGCGGUCCCAUAUCCGUUGGACCGGGCCACAGAUAUACAAGCAGCUACCAGAAAUCACCGUACUCUGCGCGGGCAUGGGCACAUCCGGAACGAUGACGGGUCUGGGGACAUAUUUCAAAGACACCAAACCAUCUGUGCUCCGGCUGGGGGUUUGCACUGCCCCGGGAGACCGUGUGCCUGGUCCAAGAUCUUUUGCGCUCAUGAAACCCGUCGAGUUUCCUUGGAAGUCUGCAGUCGACGUGAUCGAAGAAGUGAACUCUUUUGACUCGUUCUCGCUGUCCUUGGACCUAUGUCGGGAGGGAAUCGUGUGUGGACCUUCCUCGGGAUUCAACUUGAAGGGGCUCUUCCAGAUGAUCGAAAAGCGUCAGGCUGCUGGCACGCUGUCCGAGUUGGCAGGGCCUGAUGGUACUGUCCACUGCGUAUUUCUGUGCUGCGACCUGCCGUAUCAGUACAUUGGCGAGUAUUUUAGCAAUCUUGGGGCGGAUAAAUUCCACCCUAUCCAAAAUGAGCACCUCACUAAGGUGGAUCUCUACCGAUACGACGAGAGCUGGGAGCGAAGCCCGGUGGUUCUUUUCACUCAUUUCUAUGAGCCCCCCAAGGCGCUAACUCAGAGCUUGCUGAGCAGCAUGGCCCUGCGGCCAGCGUGCUGCGUCCUCGACCUGAGAACCGCGGUGGAUUUCUCUGCCUGGCAUCUGCCGGGAUCGGUGAACAUCACCCUGCAGAGUCUAGACUCGCACACCCCCAAGCCGUUUUCCGACCCAAGCGUGCUUGAAAAUCAGUGGCGGGAGCUGGAGGCCUUGUUCACGGACGCCCAGGCUAACGUGAUUAGCACCCUGCAAGGCCAUCAUGUGUUGGUGAUUUGCUACAAUGGGGAUACGGCCCGAGUGGCCACCAGCGUGCUGCGGGCCAAGGGAAUCGAGGCGGACAGUCUCCGGGGAGGGUAUCAGGCCCUUCAAGAUCACGGAAUAUGGGGUGAUGGUGGAGAGGGAUCGGAGCAGGCGUCGUAUCCCAUGCCGGUGUCUGCCAUGGUGUCGCUGCAGAGUAACUAA